GCAGUAGGUACAGUUGCUAUGUUUUCACUAAAUGCGUCAUUAAUUACCUAAACACAUCUACGCGUUUUUAAAAACGCAUUUUAUUGUUUCGUUUCCUAGAGAAUGCGUAUUUCCGUUUGUCGUAGUCAGUUCGAGUAAUCACUGCUGAAAGAUCUGGGAAAUAACAGCCUGUAACUUAAACGAGUUAAAAUGAGUCGAUCAUAUAAUGAUGAAUUACAAUAUUUGGACAAGAUUGAUAAGAAUUGCUGGCGAAUCAAGAAAGGUUUCGUCCCAAAUAUGCAGGUAGAAGGAGUGUUCUACGUCAACGAACCCCUGGAAAAGCUGAUGUUUGAGGAGCUCCGUAAUGCUUGUAAAGGAGGAGGUUUUGGUGGGUUUCUCCCGGCAAUGAAACAGAUAGGAAACGUUGCCGCUCUGCCUGGAAUAGUACAUAGGUCCAUUGGCCUGCCCGACUGUCACUCUGGCUAUGGCUUUGCCAUCGGAAACAUGGCUGCCUUUGAUAUGAGUGACCCCAACGCUGUCGUAUCCCCAGGCGGAGUGGGUUUUGACAUCAACUGUGGGGUGCGACUGCUGAGGACCAACCUGGAUGAGGGAGACGUCCAGCCGGUUAAGGAGCAGCUGGCCCAGGCUCUGUUUGACCACAUUCCUGUUGGGGUCGGCUCUAAGGGAGUCAUCCCCAUGACAGCCAAAGACCUGGAGGAGGCCCUGGAAAUGGGAGUGGACUGGUCCCUCAGGGAGGGAUACGCCUGGGCUGAAGAUAAGGAGCACUGUGAGGAGUAUGGGCGAAUGCUGCAGGCAGACCCCAACAAGGUCUCCUCCAAAGCCAAGAAGAGAGGCCUGCCUCAGCUGGGGACUUUGGGGGCAGGGAACCACUAUGCAGAGAUCCAGGUGGUGGAUGAGAUCUAUAAUGACUACGCUGCCAAGAAGAUGGGCAUCGACCACAAAGGACAGGUGUGCGUGAUGAUCCACAGUGGCAGCCGAGGUCUGGGACACCAGGUGGCGACAGAUGCCCUGGUCGCCAUGGAAAAGGCAAUGAAGCGGGACAAGAUCCAGGUGAACGAUCGUCAGCUGGCGUGCGCCCGGAUCAUGUCUGAUGAGGGGCAAGACUACCUGAAGGGCAUGGCGGCUGCUGGAAACUACGCCUGGGUCAACCGUUCAUCCAUGACCUUCCUCACACGACAGGCCUUUGCCAAGGUGUUCACCACCACUCCUGAUGACCUGGACAUGCAUGUGAUCUACGAUGUAUCUCACAACAUCGCCAAGGUGGAGGAACACAUGGUGGAUGGGAAACAGAAGACGCUGCUGCUACACCGCAAAGGAUCCACUCGGGCCUUCCCCCCCCACCACCCCCUCAUACCUGUGGAUUACCAGCUGACUGGCCAACCCGUGUUGAUUGGUGGAACCAUGGGAACCUGCAGCUAUGUCCUGACCGGCACGGAGCAGGGCAUGACGGAGACAUUUGGCACCACCUGCCACGGAGCGGGCCGGGCGCUGUCUCGGGCUAAAUCCCGCAGGAACCUGGACUUUCAGGAUGUUCUCGACAAGCUGGCAGACAAGGGCAUUGCCAUCAGGGUUGCUUCGCCCAAACUGGUCAUGGAGGAGGCUCCAGAGUCUUACAAAAAUGUGUGUGAUGUGGUGAACACCUGCCAUGACGCUGGAAUCAGCAAGAAGGCCAUCAAACUACGACCCAUCGCUGUGAUCAAAGGAUAAGGCGGCACAGCUUUGCUUGUCACAAUAUAGGCCAGGACACUCCAACCAGGAAGUCCACGAGCCAAUCACCUGGCAGAGAGCCAGGCUGACCUGGCAGAGGAGCUAAUGGAGAACUGUCUGAGAGGGAGGGAGUGGGCCAGUCUUCAUAAACUGACUUCACAAAUGAUCAGUGUCCUAAGCUAAGCGUUCUGCUUAUGACAAGUGUGAUGUCUGAAAUGAUACCCUAGUCUCUAUAUAGCAAACUAUUUUUUCCCCCACUGUAUAUGGAAUAGAGUGCCAUUUUGGAUGUUCUUUAUGAUUUUGACACACAUUAUGUUUUGUCAGUUGAGUGAUCAAAUUGAAUGAGAUUGUUGAGCCUGAGUUUGAUGUGUGGUGGGUUUACAUUUCUUUUGUUGUUUCUUUUGUCUUUUUGCUGUGGAAUAGAACCAUAGGAUGAAGGCUGUUAUCACAGAUAAUAAAUACAAGAAAACAGAAAUGAUUAAAUAUCAAAUGCAUUUCAAUUAUUGAAUGCUUUAUUACAUUAAAGCUUCAAAUUGUGAACAUUUAGUGAAAAUAAGUGGGGUAAAAUGAUCUCCCAUCUGUGAUAGAUUUGGCAUGGUUGCCAUUUUAGUUUAUGGUAGCGCUGGACUUGGAAUGAAAUGGCUGCUGUUUACAUUUCAGUGAAGGAACAAUGUAAUCCAUCUGCUGAAACACUCCUCCAGGUCAGAACUAAUCUACAGUACUAGAUAACUUUACUGAACCGUAAUUACUAUUAAUAAAUGAUGCAUCAAAAGUACAA